GUUCGUCACAGGAAACUGCAAGUGUGUAGUAAAUAGAGCUGCCUGUGUAGUGUGCAUACCAAAACUCAGACAACCACAGCAUCAUCAGACAGCUUCAGACUUCACCUGACUCUCAGCUCAACUAUUGUCCCUCCUCAGCUCUUUAGUGGCCUGAAUAAAGAAGAAAACUAUCACUCAGCACUGGUUUACAGACUUUUAUUGCCUGGCUAUCUCAGUUUUCAGGCCUGUUGCACAUAUUCUCAUACAGCUGUGCUGGUGAGGAGGUCACUUUGCUUCUAAAGAAGGAUUAUCAUAAAUGCCAGCUUGAGGACCAUGAGAUUGUGGUUCCUACUAGUAUUGUGCACCUAAACACUCCAGAGCAGCAUGGGCAGUUGGCCCAGUAAAGACCGGCAUGGAUCCAGCACACAUGCUGGCCUCUUGAGCCCAGAGGAGAGCGCCGGCCCACUGUCGCUGGACAGUGGCAGAUACGUGGUGGUUUCACUGUAUGACUAUCCAUCGAGAGGUCCGGGUGACUGCACCAUCAGAGUGGGAGAGAGACUCAACAUUUUGUCAGAUGAGGGAGAGUGGUGGAAAGUAAGCUCAUCAGCCACAGGAAAUGAGAGCUACAUCCCCAGCAAUUACACCGCCAAAGUGUACAACAGGUGGCAGUUUGUAGGUCUCAGCAAACAGAAAGCAGAGGAACUUUUGAUGCUCCCCCAUAAUCAGCCCGGCUCUUUUCUAAUCAGAGAGAGUGAGACCUUUCCAGGUAACCACACUCUGUCAGUGCGCAAGAGCAGCUCACAGGAACGCGCUUCUGUCAAACACUACCGCAUCAACUGCAUCGAAAAUGGCUGGUUCUACAUCUCUCCUGGACUCACCUUCCGAUUCCUCUCAGACCUGGUUGCACACUAUUCAGCAUCGGAAGGGCUGUGCUGUACUCUAGGGGAGCCCUGCUACAUCAUUGGAUCCAACAAUGUUCCCGUGGUAACUGGUCCACCUCCUGUAGCUGUGAAGAGGCCCACUAUAAACUGGAAAGAUGUGAACAGCUCAAUGAUCUUCGGACACAGUAAAGAUGGCGCAGAGGACUCUCUAGUGAGCGAAGGAUUAAAGGAGGCAAUUAACUCUUACCUUUACAUGACAGAAGAAUGCGAGGACUGCUGUCAGCACUGGGAGACAUGAGUGGGCAUAAGACUGCAUGCUUGAAGUCUCGUUUGAGUCUUUGUGAUAAUGAGAAAUAAGUGUUUGAAUGACUUUGGUCAAAGCUUGGACUCUUGAUGCAGUUAUCUGGCCUACAAACACUUCAACACAUACAGAAACUGACCCAGAAAAGAAAACGCACCCUUACUGUUCCAUUUCAGAUCUACACUUGGAUCUAACAGGUCUAAAAUACAUUGAUGCGUCUAUUUGCAUCGAAGAGACACAAGAACUGUUUAACAGUGAAAGCGGCGUCAGAUUAAGUUCCAAGUGCUCUGAGUCAUUGCUGUUCUUCCAGAGUGGGUGCUGGAGAUAAAGAUGUCACAGUUUUCUGUGUGGACUCGUUCCUGACGGACAUGAAAGAGAGAGGACAUGAAGGAAAGCACGAUAGAGGAGUGUGUGAGUGGGAGGGGGAACACAGCUGGGCGAUGUGUGUAUACAUUUCCACUCCUCUUGUAUUUUCUGGACCUUAUUUAGUGAGAAAUGCAUAUUACACUUGAUCAGUUAUGAUCUUCUGUCAUCAUUUACCCUCAUGUUGCUCCAAACCGGUGUGACCCAUCUGGAGAUGUCAGUCAUAAUGUUAGGUCAUUAUUCUCAGUCAUCAUUCACUUUCAUUGCACCUUUUUCUCACACAAUGAGAGUGGAUGGCGAACAUUCUGCCUAACAUCUUUUAAAGUUUGGGGUGAACUAUCACUUUAAGGGAGAAUGUGGAGAUUAAGACAUCAAGAGACAUUGUCUGAUGUCAAAAUUAUUAGGAUGUAAUUUUCUGAUGAAAAUGCCAAACAAUUAUGUAUUAAUUACAGUAGGAUUGUAAUGUUGAACAUAUCUCUGUGUGUGUAUAUAUAUAUAUAUA